AUGGAAAAUGGGGGGGGUAGUUUUUCAUUUGAUAUGCUUGAUAUGAUUAAUAGUAAUUAUACUUCAAAGUCAGGAAAAAAAAAUAAUAAAAAGAACAAGGAAGAUAAAGAUGAUAAUAUACAUUUAAGAAAUAUAGUAAAAGAUAUGAAGGAUAAUUUAAUAGAAGAUAUUGAUGAUUUUAAUAAUAAUAAUUCUACUAUUUUUGGUGAAAAUAAGGAAGUAAAUAAAUUAUAUGAAAAAAAGAAAAAAAAAAGAAAAAAAAAUUUUGAUAAUUCCAAUGAAAAUGUAAAUAGAAAAGUAUCAAAUAAAGAAACAAAAAAAGAACAAAAUAAAAUAAAUGAUAAUCAAAAUAAAUUAGGUUAUAUAUCUUAUGAUAAAAAAAAUAAUAUUAUAAAUGAUGAAGAUAUGUCUAUAAACAGUAAUUCAGAUAGUUUUCUUUUUUUAACGGAUAAUGAAUAUCAAAAAAUAAAUGAAAAAGAUAAUUAUAAUGAUAAUAAUAAAUCAAUAUUAUUAUAUAAAGAAAAUUAUGAUAAAAAUGAAAUAAGUCAAAAAAAUGAUUUAUCAAAUAAUGAUGAUAAUUUAAAUUAUUUCUUAUAUAAUAAGAAGUUCUCUAAUUAUCAUGAUGAUAAUUUUAUUAAUUCAAAAAUAAAUGAAAUGGAUAUAUUAGACAAACAGCUAAUUUCCAAAACAUCUUUUCCUCCUUAUGAAUGUACUAAUUGUAAUAUACUUUUAAAAGAAAUAACUACAAGAAAUUAUUUGAACUUUUCAACUUUAAAUGAAUACAUAAAUCAAAGUGAACAUAAUUUACUUUUAUUAAAAAAUAAAAAAAUUGAUCAACUCGAAAAAGUAAAUAAAAAUAUAAUGAAUAAAAUGAAACAACUAAAAAAGGAAAAUACACUUUUGAUCGAUAAAUUGAAAUAUUUCCAAACAAAUUUCAACCAAUUAGAUAUUAACCUUAAUAAAUUAAUUGAAGAAAAUAAAAUAUUGAAAAGUAUUAAUGAUGAUCUGGAGAAAAAGGUACAUAUGAAUGAAGCACUUUCCUCAAAUGAUGAACAAAAAAACAAGAUAAUACGAAAAAAGAAAAAGGAAAGGGCAAAGGGGAAGGGGAAGGAAUUAUUUGAAAAUUCGAUAGAUAAGGAUAUAUUCUCGGACACUUAA